AUGUUCAAGGCCACCGUUCCUUCUGUCGCCCCCUCUGCCUCUGCCUCGGCCUCCAGUCAUGACACCCACUCUCUCCCCCCAGCCUUCAAAGGCCCCGUCCAACGGUUCCUCGCCGUCUCUCUCCCUACCGUCACCCUCACCCCUGAAUUCAUCGAUAUCCUCGACUCUGUAGAUACCAUUAUCCCCUCACGCGUCCAGGUCACCAUCCGUUGGUGGAACGAAGACACUGCCUCGUCCCUCGCUGUCUUCCCCAGGCUCAACAGCCCUCUUCCACCCUCCGUUGAGGUGCACCAAGCCCUCUUGCGUAAACAACAGCUCGACAAAAAAACUCCCCAUCAACCGCUACAGCCAGAACCACAACAACAAGAUCAACAAGAGCAACCCUUGUCUUCUAUCGCUAGCAACAGCGCACUGCCACCAUUGACAACCGCGCCACAGCCGCGCUCAAUGACUGCCAAGUUUCUUCGCCGACCCUGGACAACAGGCGGAGCUCGGCUCAUGAACGCUCUCCGCAUCGGCAAUAACAAAAAGUCUAAAGAAGACAAUCCCUCGUCUUCCAAAACACCGUUGGCCACUCAAGAUAUCGAUGCUCACAAGGGCAACCAGCAACCGCAGGAUCAUGCCGUUGACGAUACCCUUCCUCCAAUGAACAGGCGACGACAGGAUGUUCAGCCCGUGUCUAACCUAAUCCCCACCCUUCAGCCCACCACUCCCAACCCCCCUCCUCCUGCUGCUGCUGCACUUGCAGAUGCGAAACCCUUACCAACUCUACCAGAUGCAGCCUAUCCGGUCACGGUGGCCUAUCCCGUCCGUUGUUCUCUUGACCAACUCUACCGCUACUUUCUUGAGAUGACUUCCUUGGCACUCGAGAUCCAGAUCACGCCUAAUCUUACCAUCCUGGCCUCGGUCACCAACCUUGCUGAUCUCUUCCGGAACAUCCAUGGCACCUUCUCGGGCGUGUUUCCUUUUACUACAGUCUUGCAGAACAAUGAUCCCAAGCUAGCCCACCACGACAUCUUUAACAGGAGGGCCGUCUUAGGAAUGGCUGUCUUUCAGGCCUGGUGUCAGGAUACAUCGGAUGUUGGUGAUACCUCCGAGGGGUCCGAUUCCACGUCCAAUGCGUCCAUCCAUAACGAUGAACGAUCCACAGCACUUCAUCAUCAUCAUCAUCAUCAUCAUCGAUCACAUAAUGGCCAGGGUUCCAUUCGGCACCAUCGCCAGCCGUCUUACCAACAUUCUGGCCAUCCUACAGAGCACUCUUCAAUAUCAUAUCACCACCCACCACCACAACACCCACUCCAUCAACAACAGCAAAUGCAUCGAGUCCGCCCCUCACUAGGAGUUCCGUCCAAACAACCACCACCGGUUCAUCCUCUCAGCCCCAGUGCGGUCGUAGACCCUACGGUGCACCAUCAACAGCAGCAAAAGGUACCUCAGCUUCAGCGAGGCGCUAGAAUCAUCGACCGACGUCCACUAGUAGGCCCUCGACACCCCGACUCGCAUCUACACUAUCAGUCAUCGCUGCGCUUUGACGAUGAGCCAGCAACCUAUCGUCACCGUCGUCUUCCCUCUCAUCCUCAUCCGAAUGCUAUUGGACCCUCUCAAAUGCCCUACGAAAACCAAAAUCUUCGCGGGAGCAGAGGCGGUGGUGACGGACGGCAACAGGGCAUGGCUGGAGCUGCCGGUGUGGGAUCGAUCGACUCGUCGUCCCACCAAUAUCCCAACAUCAAGCUUCCCAUCCCUGACUUGAGGCCUCCAUACGACGCGUCGUAUCGUAGACACGCUAGGAACGGAGUUCAGAGGCCGUCGCAGGACGAUUCGCUCUACCGACACCGCAGAUCGGAAGAUACCAACACGACGACCCACCACAGCCAAGGUUCCCGGUCCAGACCUCGCUCUGGAGCUACCGCUGCUGCCAUCGGUCGCCUUGACUCUGUCCUCGCUCGAGGCGAAGACUUGCUCCAAGGAAUGAAGACAAGCCUUGCGCUUGAUCCGGAAGAGGUGCGCACACGCUCGGCAAGACACCUUCGGUCGUCGGUGUUGAAGGAUGACCACCAAGACGACAGUCGGUUUCGCCCCUACCACGAGAGCCUUCCCUACUGGCCAUCCAAAUCCCGAUUCAAACUCGAGCUGAGUAUCCCGACAGCCUAUUUGACUUCCCACGGGCUGCUUAUCCGCCAGUCUGGUAGGGGUUCACGAGGGCAGGAGUUUUGGACGUCGAUGAUGGGUGGUGCCGGACAUCGUCGGGAAGACUCGCUUGGAGAAGGCUCGGAGUCGACACCCAGGGGGUUGAGACGUUCUGAGAAGCCGAUUCAGUUUGAAAAGGUUGCACGAAAGUCUGAUCUCGCAAGACUUCAGUUAGCCCAGGAACAGAGCGCCGCUACCGCCCAUGGUCAUUACCAGUCGUUCCAGACAAGUCCCGACAGUAGUAGCAGGCAGUAUCGGCAGGAAAAUCACCGUCAGCACCGACAGGGCACGAUGCGGCGGAGGAGUAGCAGUGGUAGUAGGAGGAAGGAUGGACCAUCGUCGUCAUCGUUGCCGGGUCAUCAACCUCGCAAAUCUAAAUCAUACCCGCCUGAAACAUUCCCAACGAUGGGUGCGGAUCCGGGGCGACCUUGGAAACAACAUCACCGGAGGCGCUUGAGUUCCAACGACAGGUUGCAGAUCCGGAUGAACCCCAGGCCGGGCGACCUAUUGAAUGACACGCCUGACCUGUUCCCCUCGAGGAGUAUGUCGGGCCUAGUUCGACCCGAGUACCACUCCUCUGUGACUGGAAGCAGCUUUAGCGGGGCCGAGGAUAAUUACAGCACGGGACAGAGCUAUUCGGUGAGCACUGAGGAUGAGGAUCUGAGGCAUGGUGGCGCGAUGGGAGGACGACAGUCGCGACUUCAGAGGAGGCGCAAGGUUCCGUCUGUCGAGGAGGAGGAAGACGUUGACGAGGAGGUAGAGCGCGUCAAUCAGCAGCGUCGGCGAAGAGAGCGAUCGCUGGAUAGACGGAAGGAGUCUCGGCGGAGACAGAGAAGGAACAAAGAUCAGGGACGUGGAUUUGGACAGGAGCAAGGACCAGGAAAGCGGCAACAUGGGGUGCAUCCACAGCAUUUCAACUUCAAGGCACAGUGUCAAUUGAUGUUGACGCCCGAGGUCAUGGCGGCAUGUAUGCUUGAGAAUAUCUCGGUUGAGGUAUGGAAACUGAACCCAAAGCGGCAGACGAUGAUUGAGCUUGGAUCGGCCAAGCUGCCGCUGCACAAGGUGUUGAGCCGGAUCUUGCAAAAGACUGCCGCUGCCUCUGCUUCUGGUGCUGGGCCGCAUGGAUCUACUCGCGGCAAUUUGUGGGGAGGACCAGGAGGACCACAGGACUCGUAUUAUGGAUCUGGUAGUGCUGCGAGGAUGAGAGAGUGGCAGCAACAACAGUGGGGAGGAGGAGGAGGAGCGCGUGCGGCAGGGACGUUCAAGGAAGGCUGGAGACUGGAACCGUCGUUGUAUGAUAUCCGGUCGAGGCAGGGGACAGUUAUUGGGCAAUUGGACGCGGAUGUGUGGAUCCUUCCUAGAUCUAGAUCCGACUCCAUGGUCUCCGCGGCCGCGUAG